AUGCCUUCCCGCCAAGAACAUUUACUGGUUUUUAAAAUCUCGCCUAAAUUACAACUCAAAAAAAACGAUCACGAUUUAUUGGGAGUCAUCACCAUGGGUAAUACGUGUGCCGUAAACCAGAACAACAAUCUAGCUGAAGAGGACGACUUUGCCGAGAAUGGUAGAUUCAACUCGUAUCUCGCCACGCUUCCAAAGUUGUUUACUGAAACAACAAUCCAAGGAGAGAAAUAUUUGUGUACAGCAUAUGUUACUUCAAAUUUUAAAUCCGUCAUCUUUGCUGUGGCUGACAUCAAGAAAAACUUCUUUAUGAAGCAGGUUUCUCGAAAGAAAUUAGCUGAAAUUAGAGACAGAUUAGACGUGAACAAUACAAUCGGAUGGAUGAACUUCUUUACUGCUCUCAAAUACUCCUUCAUCAACAGAAAAGUAUCACUUAAAAUUCAAGAAGAUGAAUGCCUAUUUAAUAUUGAUUUGAAUUUUGCUGUCAUUGGAAGAACAAGCCUCUCAUUGCCAUUAAAGAGAGAUAACGAGGCUUUACAACAUUUAUCGCUCUACUUUGUGAAUCCACUUUAUGACUUUUAUAGCGUUAGAACAGAGUCAGCUCCGGUUGAAAAAUUGGAGCAGUUGGAGAAACAAAUUAAACUCUAUAAGGACAAGAUUGCAGAAGUUGAGAGAGAAAUUAAGGAGAAGUAUCCUGAUUCUGCAACCCCUGAAGAAGAUGAUGACGUUUUGGAUGAACUGGUGGAUGAAGAGGCGCCACCCAAAUCAGAGCCAAUGAAACAACAAGAAAAACAGUCACCCGCCAAAGAAGAGACAACCCCUCCACCAGAACAAACAAUAACUACGGUGGAAAAAGAAGAGUAUGUCAAUUUUGAGCAAGAAAAGGUCAUUCGAUUCAUCUCGGACAUUAUGAAGAAACUUUCAGACAAUAACUCGAUUACAAUGAAAGAAAAGCAGAGUUUUGAACGCAUUAUUUCAAUUCUGUCUCAUGCUCGUACACUUUAA